AUGGCCAUGGAUCGCCAAAAGAAAAGAGAACUCCGCGAUUUGAACGAGAGAGCUUGGGCAGGCGAAACUGAUGUCUUCCCCGUUAGCAAAUCCCUCGACUCAGCCCUAAAGAAAAAUACCGCCUUCAUCAAGCGUCUCCGAACCGGAAUCAGUGCAUCCGCCCUAUCAACCUUCCUUUCAGAUAUCCGCACCCUCUCGCUACACAAGUAUCUAUCCGAGAUAAUCUCCGCUUGCUAUGAGGGCCUCAGCAAGUUGAAAACGCCCGGUGAAAUCGCCGUCGGAGUCGAGAUCGUCGCCGCCCUCCAUCAGCGCUUUGGCCCUGCUGAGUUCACCCGCUACAUCGGCUGGCUUCUCGGCCGCGGCCUAACGUCCCCGGAUAAAGCCCAGAUCAAGCAACUGAGUCAGGAAUUCCGCGAGCGCGAGGAGAAAGAUCGUUUAGCGCGCCAUCGGGUACUUUUGCGCGUUGUCACGGAAUUAUGGCUGGUUGGUGUUCUUCGGACGCUGGAUGAUGUCGAACGUCCUGAUGACUUGGGUCUCAAGGGUAGUGGUGGUGCUGGUGAUACUGGUGGUGGCACUGGGGACCCUGCGAAGAUUUCCUCUUCCUCCGCCGAACAGCCCGUGCUAAAGCAGAAGUUUCCGUCCUCCACGACGCGAGAUCCCGAGAAGGCGGAGCCGUUUCCUCUAGAAGUACUGAAGGAUCUUUUGGGUCAUGAUCGGGAGCAUACGAAUUUGCCACUUGCAGUGCUCUUUGUUAAGAGCUUUAGUUGGGAUAUUCUUGGUGCUAAGUUGGCCGAUGAGGGCAGGAAGACGGUGGAGGUUGAUGGGGUGACGACGACUACGACAACGACUCCGGCCACUGAGAAUGGGAAUGCUGGGGGUUCGGAUGCUACUGCUGCUACUGCUGCUCUGGAUGCGGACCCGCCGUUGACGCCAGAGAAGAUGCAAUUACGGUUCAAGAAUAUUUUGACCCGAUACCUGGAUGAUGUUAAAGCGCAUGUUGUACGGGAUCAGAAGGCUUUGUCGAAUCAGAGUCGUCGCAAUGCUGAAGCUUAUGUGAAGAGUGGCGAGAUCUUCGAAGACCGCCAGUCGAAUUUCGAGAAGCAGACCAAGACGCUCGAUAAGCUUGUUGCGAAUACCCAGGUACUCUGCGAGGCCCUCGGUGCUGAAAUGCCAGAUCUGGUCGAGAAGGAGCCCGCCGAUGCUUCUGCGAGCGGAGGCAUUGGUUUGGUGAAGACUACUGAUUACCUUCGUGGCCAAGGUGAUGGUGCAGGUAUCUGGGAAGAUGAAGAGGAGAGACGUUUCUAUGAAAAUCUGGUUGACUUAAAAGGCAAGGUUCCUGCUGUGCUUCUGGAGGACGGCAAGAAAAAGAAGACCGAGGGCGACGAGGCUGGCAAGAAGAAAGCAGAUGGGGACAAUGCAGCCGAAUCGCCUUCAGAGAAGAUCGAGACGGCCGAGGAAAAGGCUGCAGCUGAAGCUGACGACCAAUCCACCGCCAUUGCUAGUAAAACUGUCGGUGCGCAAGUCGAUGCUCUACUUGGAAAACUCCCCGAUCUGCAGAACAAGGACCAGGUCGACCAAUUUGCCUUGGACUUUUGCUUCGUCAAUUCCAAGGCGUCCCGCAAUAGGCUCGUCAAGGCUGUCUCGGACAUUCCUAAGGGCCGGGUUGAUCUUCUGCCUCUCUACUCGCGUCUGGUGGCUACCCUUGGACAGUACCUUCCAGAUAUCCCACAGGGCCUGACGACCUAUCUUGAUGAGGAAUUCCGAAGUCUACAGCGGAGAAAGUCUAAGGAGUUCCUUGGACAAGUGCGCAUGAGCAAUGUACGAUAUCUCGCCGAGUUGACCAAGUUUGGUGUGGUGCCUGAGCACAUUAUCUUCCACUGCUUCAAAGUCUCGCUCGACGAAUUCUCCCGUAUGAACAUCGAGAUCAUUGGAAACCUGCUCGAAAACUGUGGUCGUUAUCUCCUCCGCAACCCCGAGACUUCGCCCCGUAUGGCUUCUUUUCUCGAAACCCUGGGUCGAAAGAAGACCGUUCAACAUAUUGGUCAGCAGGAACGCAUGGUGAUUGAGAAUGCAAUCUACUAUGUAGACCCGCCCCCACGCCCUGCAAUCCAGCAGAAAGAUCGGACUCCAAUGGAGCAGUACAUUCGCCGGCUGAUCUACCUGGACAUGAACAAGCGCAACUACACUAAGAUCUUGAAGGCGAUUCGAAAGCUGCAUUGGGAGGAGCAAGAGGUUGUUGACAUUCUAGAACGCGUAUUCAGCAAGCCCGUCAAGGUCAAAUAUGGCAGCAUUCACCUUUUGGCAAUUCUUGUCGGCGCCAUGUAUCGAUACCACCAAGACUUCGUCAUUGGUGUGGUUGACAACGUCCUGGAACAGAUCACGCUCGGCCUGGAGCAGAAUGACUUCAAGUUCAACCAGAAGCGUAUCGCCGAGGUCAAGUACCUGGGUGAACUGUACAAUUACAAGAUGAUCGACUCCCCCGUCGUCUUCGAUACAUUGUACCGCAUUGUGACCUUUGGUCAUGAAGGUGGCACUCCCAUCCCCGGGAGGAUCGUCAUGCUGGACCUCCCAGAUGAUUAUUUCCGACUUCGUCUUGCUUGUACACUCCUUGAUACUUGUGGUCACUGCUUCGACCGAGGCUCAGCGAAGAAGAAGCUAGACUUCUUCCUUAGCUUCUUCCAGUACUACAUUUGUACUAAAGACCCCAUGCCCAUGGAUAUCGACUUCCUUGUCCAAGAUACCUACUCCGCCCUGCGCCCACAGUGGAAGCUAACAUCGGACCCCGAUGAAGCAACCCGAAUUUUCAGCGAGGCCGUUGCCCAGAACUACAACAUGCCGGACUCUGAACGGCCCAUCGAAGCAGACGAGGAGGAAGAUGCUGCAGAGAGCAGCUCUUCUGACGAAGGUCUCGAGGAAGAUGCGAUUCCCGACAUCGAAGACGAGCAGGAAUCUAGCGAUGAGGCUGAAGAGGUCUCUGGGCCUAACCCGGAGGCAGAUGAUGACAGUGAAUCGGAAGAUGAACAGAUUAUCGUCACGCGACAGGAGGAAGAACGCGACCCAGAAGUCGAGGCUGAAUUCGAUCGCGAAUAUGAGAAGAUGAUGAUUGAGAGUGCGGACUCGAGACGUUUCGAACGCAAGGCCAUCUUCGAUAUCCCGCUGCCAAUGAAGAGACCCGCUCGAGAGAAUGUCCCUGCCGAUUUCCCUGGUGAAAUGGAGGUGCCUGAGCCUGUCGCUCCGCCCAAGACCAUGGCAUUCUCUUUGAUGACAAAGAAGGGCAAUAAGCAACAGACUCGCACCAUCGACCUCCCGUCCGACUCCAGCUUUGCUGUCGCCAUGCGGACCCAGCAGCAGGCCGAUCGAGAGGAGCAGCAACGCAUCAAGAACCUGGUUUUGAACUACGAGGCAUCAAAUGAGAGCGAGACUGCAGAGACCGAUUUUGAAAAACGUAUCCCAGCAAACCAGCGCAUCGAAAAGUCCACUGGAGCCCGAAAUGCCUUCCGCUCUCGCAAACUUCAGCUCAGCGAUGUCAACUGGUAA